CAUGCCGUAGGGGUGGAGUUGGGAAGGACUCCCGCUCUCCAGCCUCCCUGACUUCUCCUUGUCGGUCCGGUCCCUCCCUGAAGAGGAUGGAGGUGGCCAGCGGCGUUGCAGCUCCGGAACCCGGCGAGAUCCGGGCUCUAAAGCAGUGUCUGCUGCGCCGCAACAGAAGCCGGGAACAGCAUGGCGUAGCGGCCUCUUGCCUCGAGGAGCUGAGGAAUAAGGCUUGUGACAUUCUGGCCAUUGAUAAGUCCCUGGCACCAGUAACCCUAGUCCUGGCAGAAGAUGGCACCAUAGUGGAUGAUGAUGAUUACUUCCUGUGUCUUCCUGCCAACACUAAGUUUGUGGUGUUGGCUGGGAAUGAGAAGUGGACACACAAUUCAGAUGGAGGUACAGCUUGGAUUACCCAAGAGUCCUUCGACAGAGACGAAACAGACAGCGGGGUGGGGGUGAAGUGGAAAAACGUGGCCAGGCAGCUGAAGGAAGAUCUAUCCAGCGUCAUCCUGCUGUCGGAGGAGGAGCUGCAGAUGCUCAUUGAUGUCCCAUGUUCGGAGCUGGCUCAGGAACUCGGCCAGAGUCAUGUGGCAGUCCAGGGGCUCCAGAACACCCUCCAGCAAGUUCUUGACCAGAGAGAGGAAGCCCGUCAGUCCAGGCAACUUCUGGAACUUUACCUCCGGGCUUUGGAGAAGGAAGGUGGCAUCUUGUCAAAGCAGCAAGAGUCCAGAGCUGACCUCGGAGACGAGAGGGAUGCUGUUGACACAGGCGUUAGAGAGAGCUCCUCCAAAGUUACUCCUGCAAGCCAGAUCCUCUUGGCGCUGAAGGAGAAACCUGCCCCAGAGCUGAGUUUGUCUAGUCAGGAUCUGGAGUUGGUUGCCAAGGAGGACCCUAGAGCACUGGCUGUUGCUUUGAACUGGGACAUAAAGAAGACAGAAGCCGUUCAACAGGCCUGUAAUCAGGAACUUAGCCUACGCCUCCAGCAGGUGCAGAGCUUACGUUCUCUGAGGAGCAUUUCAGCAAGGACGAGUUCGCUGCCUGGAGACAUGGAGAACCCCAAACGAACCAGACGAGACCCCAUGUAGCUGGCAGCCAGCAACAUGCCAAAGAAAACCUUGGGUUUUGUGUCAGUAUCAGUAAAUACCUUUAGCCUAGUGUCAGUAAAUACCUUUAGCCUAAUCAUUAUAGCUACUUACAUACUCCUCUGCCCCCUGCCUUUCAGAGUGUUCUCCUGGAACAGACUGGAAGAUGGGCUUUGGGUCUUCUUCAGAAAAGCCAUUCCAGCUUCCUUCACACAUUGAACCAUAAGGCUGCACCAGCUCCUCUAAUUGCAAGCUCAUAUGUUCUCGGUGUAAUAGUGGUUGUGAAGGGCGUGGAAAAGACACUGUCAUGUUUUAGGCCAACUAUCCUUUUUUUUUUCUUUUCCUUCUACAUCAGACAAAUGGUAUAUCUCUUUCAUGAUGUAAUCUAUGCAACCAUCAUAGUAAUGGACCUACUAUUCUUUUCCUUUUUUUUUUUUGAUGUGGACCAUUUUGAAAGUCUUUAUUGAAUUUGUUCCAACACUGCUUCUGUUUUCUGUUUUGGUGUUUUGGCCCCGAAGCAUGUUGGAUCUUAGCUCCCUGACCAGUGAUCAAACCCGAACCCCUGGCAUUAGAAGGCAGAUUCUUAACCACUGGACCUUCACGCAAGCACAGAGGCACAAUUCUUAUUCUAAAGAUGGAACUGCAGAAUUUUAAACACAAAUAAUGGUAGAGAAGGUGACGCAUCAGUGUUGAUUAUGGCCACAAACUUGUUUCUCAAGUUAAUGAAUUUUUUUUGUUUGUUUAAAGGCACAUAUUAAAUUUGCAGACCAUAGAGACAUACAGAGAGUCUAAUUCACUGUUUCUAAUAUCUAAUUCAGUAUUGUGAAAUUAUAUCCAUUACCACUGUGAAACUUUUCAGUUUUCUAAUAUGUUUUAUCAGCAGGGGGUAUAAAAAGGUCAUUAAAUCGAUCUCUGUGAGA